AUGGCGGGCGGGCGGGCCGGGCCCGGGGCGCUGCUGGCCCUGCUGGCGCUGCGGGCGCUCGGGGCGGCGGCGCACCCGCAGUGCCUGGACUUCAGGCCGCCCUUCCGGCCGCCGCAGCCGCUGCGCUUCUGCGCGCAGUACUCGGCCUUCGGCUGCUGCACCCCGGAGCAGGACGAGGCGCUGGCCCGCCGCUUCGGAGCCCUGGCGGCGCGCGUGGACGCCGCGGAGUGGGCCGCGUGCGCCGGCUACGCGCUCGACCUGCUGUGCCAGGAAUGCUCGCCGUACGCGGCCCACCUCUACGACGCCGAGGACCCGUCCACGCCCCUGCGGACCGUGCCCGGGCUCUGCGAGGACUACUGUCUGGACACGUGGCAGACGUGUCGGGGCCUGUUCCGCCACCUGUCACCGGACCGAGAGCUCUGGGCCCUGGAGGGCAACCAGGCCAAGUUCUGCCGCUACCUGUCGCUGGACGACACGGACUACUGCUUCCCCCACCUGCUGGUCAAUGAGAACCUCAACUCCAAUCUGGGCCGCGUGGUGGCCGACGCCAAGGGCUGCCUGCAGCUGUGCCUGGAGGAGGUGGCCAACGGGCUGCGCAACCCCGUGGCCAUGGUGCACGCCCGGGAUGGCACCCACCGCUUCUUCGUGGCCGAGCAGGUGGGGCUGGUGUGGGCCUACCUGCCGGACCGCUCCCGGCUGGAGAAGCCCUUCCUGAACAUCAGCCGGGCCGUGCUCACCUCGCCCUGGGAGGGUGACGAGCGGGGCUUCCUGGGCAUGGCCUUCCACCCCAGCUUCCGGCACAACGGCAAGCUCUACGUCUACUACUCGGUGGGGUUUGGCUUCGACGAGUGGAUCCGCAUCAGCGAGUUCCAGGUCUCCGCAGAUGACAUGAACACCGUGGACCACAGCUCUGAGAGGAUAAUCCUGGAGAUUGAAGAACCAGCCUCGAACCACAACGGGGGCCAGCUGCUGUUUGGGGACGAUGGGUACCUCUACAUCUUUACUGGUGAUGGCGGGAUGGCUGGAGACCCCUUUGGAAAGUUUGGAAAUGCCCAAAACAAGUCGGCGCUGCUGGGCAAGGUGCUGCGCAUCGACGUGGACCGCAACGAGCGCGGCCCGCUCUACCGCAUCCCGCGCGACAACCCGUUCGUGGGCGACCCCGCCGCGCGGCCCGAAGUCUACGCCCUGGGCGUGCGCAACAUGUGGCGCUGCUCGUUCGACCGCGGCGACCCGACGAGCGGCGCGGGCCGCGGGCGCCUCUUCUGCGGAGACGUGGGCCAGAACAAGUUCGAGGAGGUGGACCUGGUGGAGCGCGGCCGCAACUACGGCUGGCGCGCCCGCGAAGGCUUCGAGUGCUACGACCGCAAGCUGUGCGCCAACACCUCCCUCGAUGACGUGCUGCCGAUUUUCGCCUACCCGCACAAACUGGGCAAGUCGGUCACGGGAGGCUAUGUGUACCGGGGCUGUGAGUACCCCAACCUGAACGGCCUCUACAUUUUCGGUGAUUUUAUGAGUGGGCGUCUGAUGUCCCUCCGAGAGAACAUGGAGACAGGCCAGUGGCGGUACAGCGAGAUCUGCAUGGGUCGAGGCCAGACCUGUGCGUUCCCGGGCCUCAUUAACAACUACUACCCUCAUAUCAUCUCCUUUGCUGAGGAUGAGGCUGGGGAGCUGUACUUCAUGUCAACAGGCGUGCCGAGUGCCACAGCGGCCCGUGGGGUUGUCUACAAGGUGAUCGACCCUUCCAGACGGGCACCACCCGGCAAGUGUCGGAUCCAGCCUGCCCAGGUGAAGGUGAGGAGCCGCCUCAUCCAGUUUGUGCCCAAAGAAAAGUUCAUCCGGAGGGCAGAGAGCACCCCACGGCCCACAGCGCGUGUACCCACCCAGGCGCCCCGCCGCAGCCACCCCACAGUUGCUCUGCCCGCACCCACCCCGCGGCCCGCAAGGCCCACCCGGCGACCCGGGGGCCGGAGGGGUGGCGGGCGGCGGCGGGGUCGACCAGGCACUGCGGACCCCACGCCCUCGAACGGCGCCGUGCGCCUGGUGCGGCCCGCGGGCCUGAGUGCGGGCCGCGGGCGUGUGGAGGUGUUCGCGGGUGGACGCUGGGGCACCGUGUGUGACGACGCCUGGGACACCAAGGCUGCCGCCGUCGUGUGCCGCCAGCUGGGCUUUGCGCACGCCGUGCGGGCCACCAAGCGCGCCCAGUUUGGCGAGGGCCGCGCGCUGCCCAUCCUGCUGGAUGACGUGCGCUGCGCGGGCAGCGAGCGCAACCUGCUGGAGUGCACGCACGCAGGCGUGGGCACGCACAACUGCGGGCACGAGGAGGACGCGGGCGUCGUGUGCAGCCACGAGGACCCUGACCUGUAGGCGAGCACCAUCCGGCCGGCCGCAGCCUGGCAGGGCCCCUCCGCCCUGAGCGCGCCUGGUGCGCGCACAAGCCUGCGGGCAGAGGGGGCCCAUCUGUAAUGCUGUCCUGUGGGCGCGUGUGAGGUGUGUGCAGUGCUCCCGUGCUCUGUGUCCCUGCCCACGUGCCUUCCGCAGACCAGAAGCCACAGUGUGUUGGGGUCUGUGUAGUCACCGGCCCCAGGUGUUCUUUUCUUACCUCCAAACAUCUCCGGCACAUGCAGGAACAGAGUCUGGCCAUGGACCCUCAGCACUGAGGGCUACCACCCUUCAAGGGCAGACUUGGUCCUUGGCCGCAUUAACAGAGGCAUAGCUGGCAGAUUGAGGGAGGGGACCAGGCCUGUCCUGCCCAGGGUUUGAGUGGAAGGCCCUGGACCAUCUGGAGCAUGGCCUACAGAAGGUGACUCAGAGAGCAUGGGCAGGUGGCCCGGCAGGUAGAGGUACUGAAAACAGGAAGGCGUCCAGUGGGGCAAAGGGAAGCUGUUAGACCGAUGAGCCCAGAGUGAACUGUGGGCCAUGGCCGUCUGAGCGAGGAUCAGGCUGCCUGGGGGAAGUGAGCAUCUGGUGAGGGCUGGCUGGGGGAGGGGGGUUCUGGAUGACCUCUGGCAGAAGCCUCUUGGUCAUCUUGGACUUCAUUAUCAUCGUGGGUCCAUGUGGAUGCUCUGGGGACAGUGCUGGGGCCCUGGGCCCUGAGACUUGACUCUCCAGGGCUCACUGGGAGAGAAGCCACCCACCUGGCCACUCCAAGCACCAUGGCCCCCCAGUGAAUGGGGGGGCAUCAGGUUUCUCUGCUUUAAAGGCUGUGUUAGGGCCACUGGAACCACCUUGGUCCUCUCCAUCCCCAUGCUGCUCAGUGAAAUCCCAGGGGACCCUCUGACUCCUCCAGCAUCCCCCCCCUCCCAGGGGUCCAGAAAGACUACUGAUGCUCUGUCACCUGAAGCUGUGCCAACAAUGUGACUGUUUACAACCCCCUUCCUGCCUCUUCUCUCUGACCUGUACUGCCGGGGGGCUGGAGGUGGAGGUCAGGGGGGUGGCUAGGCCUGAAGCCUCCCUCCUGCUCACAGGUGGAAGUUCCUUUGCCCACUAAGGGCCUCCACACUGGCCCCGUGUGUCAAGUACAGUUGGGCAUGGUCUCUCGUAGAGAGGAGAAGCAGAUGGUCACUGGGCAGUGGGAACAGGGUAUAGCCCAUGUCAGGGUCUGUCAGGGCUAUGGGGGGCGUCAUCCCAGCCCAACCUGUCCAUUAUUCUGAGAGCUGAGCCGGCACCCGGGGUGGUGCGCCCAGCAGAGGCAAUGGUGCAGGCAAGUCCGGGGGGGUGGGGGGGGGGCGUCUCCUGGCUGCUCCCUGAAGCUGAGCGUGGAGUACGGGACUGCCGAAGAAAGCUCAGAGUGACCUCUCGGAUUCCUCAUACUUCUGCCUUGAGUGGGGUCGGCAAGGGCCCUGGGCCCUGGCCCCUUGCCUUCCCCGUUGAGCCCCGCCUGGAAACCAUAGCCCUGCCAUUGAGCACAGCCUGUCUUCGGGGCACCGUUGUAAGCACAGUAUAGCACUCGUGAAAUCAUUUGAGCCUUUGAACAGCCCUCUUCUUUUACAGAUGGGGCAACAGGUGCACAGCCAGGGAGGAGAGAAGCCAAAUGAGAACCCACGCAGCCUGGCUCUCGCACUUGUUGGCAUCCUCACCGUUCAUUGCCCUGCCUGACCCUAGGGCUGCUAGGCCAGCAGAAAACGGGGCUUGGCCCAGGGAAUCCCCCGGGGCUCCUGCCCACUGUGGGCUGGGAAGCAGCUGAUGGAGACCCCUGCCUCCUCCCACUGCCCAGCAGUAGCUGACAGGCAUCUUCCCUAGAUACAGGGAAAUUCUGAACAGUGUUAGGAGCUGGGAGGGUUGAACUCCUCACUGCUCCCGUGGAGAAAGGAGCCUGGGAAGCUGAGUGUCCUGAGCCUGUCCCAGAUGGGGCUGAGCCGAGACUAGAGCCCAGGGAAGGGGGGUGGCCCUCCAGAGCAGGGUAGCACCAUGGCCCUACCCAGUGGGGUAACCAAAGCUGUUGGUCCCCCUGGGCCCAGAAUGGGGAGGUGGUGGUGGGGGGGUCAUACAGCCUCUUCCUGGGGCUCCUCCAUGCUCUUCCCUGCCCUUUCUCGCCCUGUCGAGCCCCCUCUUCAUUUCAGAGCCUGAUGGCAGUGGGGACAAUGAUGCCACCAGGUGUGGCCUGGGAAGUGGGACAGAAGCGAUGGGGGGCAUCUCCCACUGCUGCUCAGCAUGAUAGCCUGGAGCCACCAUCUGGGUGGGGCUCCUGAUACCUUCCCCCAAGUGCUGGGGUGGUCCAGCUCUCCGCUGGGCCCGGAGUGUCACUAUUGUUUGGGGGGCAACUGGGAGCUGUCUCAGGCCCCUGCACUCCUCUUGGUGGGGUGCUCCCCGCUCCGGUCCCCCACCUCCUGACCCCUCAGGCUCCAAACAGGGCUUAGGCUUCAGGCUGACUCCUGACAAGGAGGUUGACACAGACUCACUGCCCCUUACAUAGUAACAAGGGUGGACACCUGACAUCUGCUGAGCACUUACUAUGUGCUAGGCACUGUUCUAAAAGUUUUACUCAGUUUUCAUUCACUUAAUCCUCAUAUUAAGCCAUAUGAGGCAGGUGUUCUGUUCACCCUUCAUCGUACAGAUGUGGAAACUGAGGCCCAGGGAAGCUUCGUUACUUACCAGUUGUCAAAUAGUCAAUAUUUGAAAGCCGGCAGUAGGGCCCCUGGAGCCCCAGCUUUGGAUUGUCACCCUGCUGCCUGAAGAGCAUUGAAUUCAGUGUCCCCCCCCCCACUUCCCAUCGGCCCCUGUCAUUGUGCACAUGGGGCACAAGCCCUAAGAGUGGCAGAGCUGGCUUCAGACUCCCUGUCCAGUGCUCCUUUCACUGCACUGCCUACAACUGGCUACUGAGGGAGCAUUCACAAGUGAUUCUGUCCCCAGGGACUUUGAUCCUGCCGUGGAGUCCUCCAGGGUCUCUGGGGAUAGGGGCUGACCCUGGCCAAGGCUCCCUCUGUUCCCUGUCAGCCUCUGCCAUCACCCCCUGUAAUCGGGCUUCCAGUCAGCAGGUAGAGUGAUCUCUCAGAACCUGGCCCAGAGAGGGCCUGCCUCCACCCGGCAUCACACGCUUAGUUCUUGUGCCCUUGGAGCCCGAUGCUGCAGGGAUGUCCCAGGUGCGGCUGGCACCCAGGACUGCAUCCGUGGUGUCAGCCUCGGGGAACAACACUCCGGGUCCCUGACAGGGCCUUUUUUGUUCCUUGUGUGCCUGCAUCCCCCUAACAAGCCUGAGCCAGGCCAGGGCCUUGGUCCCAUGUUCAGAGGGGAGGCAGCUUUGCACCACUCCAGGGAGCAGCCCCUUCAGAGCAGGCAGCUUUUGGAGCCUGCAACCUCCCUCAGUGAUUCCUGCUGGGAAACUGCUGCUGC